UUCGGAGCUUGUGUCCUUCACACUUCUCUAAUUUGCUCAUACAAUUAUCACCUUUUUUUCCAAUGGCAAGCAAUCAAUCAUCAUCUCUUAGCACCAUCAGGUUUCCUAUUGCUGUUAACAAUAAUAAUAAUGAUGUCGAGCAACAAUUAGCGACAGUACUAGAGCUUGAAGCCAACAAGGACGACACAUUUGACUACUCGAAAAGAGCUCAAUGGCUUCGAGCAGCGAUUCUCGGGGCCAACGACGGAUUAAUCUCCAUCGCAUCGCUGAUGAUGGGUGUUGGUUCCGUCAAACAAGACAUUGAAGCCAUGAUUUUAACUGGCUUUGCUGGUUUAGCUGCCGGCGCUUGCAGUAUGGCAAUUGGUGAAUUCGUGUCUGUGUAUUCGCAGUUGGAUAUCGAGUUGGCUCAAAUAAAGAGACAACUCGAAAACGGAAACGGAAAUGAAGAAGGGGAGAAAGAGAAUUUAGCGAACCCAUUGCAAGCAGCGGCCGCGUCGGCUCUUGCUUUUUCAGUGGGUGCAACUGUGCCAUUGCUGGCUGCUGCUUUCAUAUCAAAUUAUAAAGUGAGACUUGCUGCGGUGGUCGGAGCUGUGAGCUUGGCUUUAGUGGUGUUCGGAUGGUUUGGUGCCGUGUUAGGCAAGGCACCAGUCAUAAGGUCUUCAGCUAGGGUUUUAGUUGGAGGUUUGAUGGCUAUGGGUAUAACCUUUGGUCUAACCAAAAUGAUUGGAACAACACUCUGAUUUUAACAAUUUGGAUGAUUGUAAGUGGAGGUAGUUUGGGUUGUGGUAUAUCCAUGGAAAUAUGCUUUGUUUUUGUGUAAGCUAGGUUUCUCGUGUAAGAAGCCAAUUUGAUGGGUUAAUCCCUUGUUUUGUGCCUCUAUAAAAUUUUACUUUCCUA